AUGAGUCCCUUGCGCUUCCUUGACCUGGUCAAGCCGUUCGUGCCGUUCCUCCCUGAGGUUCAGCAGCCGGAGACCAAGAUUCCCUUCAACCAGAAGCUGAUGUGGACGGCCCUGACCCUCCUCAUCUUCCUCAUCAUGAGCCAGAUGCCCCUCUACGGCAUCGUCUCCUCGGACAACUCCGACCCCCUAUACUGGCUGCGUAUGGUCAUGGCGAGUAACCGCGGUACCCUCAUGGAGCUCGGUAUCACCCCCAUCAUCUCCUCCGGCAUGGUCUUCCAGCUCCUCGCCGGCACCCACAUGAUCGACGUCAACCUUGACCUCAAGUCCGACCGCGAGCUGUACCAGACCGCCCAGAAGCUCCUCGCUUUCGUCCUGUCCGCCGGUACCGCCACCGUCUACGUCUUCUCUGGCCUCUACGGCCCGCCCUCCGACCUCGGUGCCGGUAUCGUCUUCCUGCUCAUCCUCCAGCUCGUCGUCGCCGGCAUGAUUGUCAUUCUCCUCGACGAGCUCCUGCAGAAGGGAUACGGCCUCGGCUCCGGCAUCUCGCUCUUCAUCGCCACCAACAUUUGCGAGUCCAUCAUGUGGAAGGCUUUCUCUCCCACGACCAUCAACACCGGCCGUGGUCCCGAGUUUGAGGGCGCCGUCAUUGCCCUCUUCCACCUGCUCCUCACCUGGCCCAACAAGCAGCGUGCUCUGCAGGAGGCUUUCUACAGGCAGAACCUCCCCAACAUCAUGAACCUCCUUGCCACCCUGGCCGUCUUUGGCGCCGUCAUCUACCUCCAGGUCUUCCGCGUCGAGAUCUCCGUCAAGUCCUCGCGCCAGCGUGGAGCUCGCGGCUCGUACCCCGUCCGCAUGUUCAGGAAAUUAACCUCCUCGACACCACGAAGCCUCUUCCUUUGUCUACGGAGGCUUCGGGCCGCCGCGUGA